AUUUCAUUCAUAAAUAAAGUGACAAUGUCAUUUGGACUGUACUGUGAUGGUAUUUUUGAAAAAUAAUAUUUUUUUGUUAGUAGUCUUACUUGAAAAUUAAGAAUCUCUUCAAACUUGGAAAAAAAUAAUGGCUUUAAAUCCACAAUACGAUGCCAUAGGAAAAAGUUUUGUACAACAAUAUUAUAUGCUAUUUGAUGAUCCUAUCCAAAGACCUAGUUUGGUGAAUAUGUAUAAUGUAGAACAUUCAUUUAUGACUUUUGAAGGAAAACAAUUACAAGGCUCUGCUAAAAUAAUGGAAAAAUUUGAGUCUCUCAGAUUUCAAAAUAUAUCUAGACAAAUUACUGUAGUAGAUUCUCAACCUAUGUUUGAUGGUGGAGUUUUAAUAAAUGUUUUUGGAAGAUUGCAAGUUGAUACUGACCCACCCCAUGAUUAUAAUCAAGUAUUUGUUCUAAAACCAUUAAAUGGCUCCUUUUUUGUCCAACACGAUAUUUUUAGGCUGAAUAUUCACAAUACUGCUUGAUUGCAUUUGAAACAUAUUUUUAUUUUACAAUAUCUAUUCAAGUUAAACAUGCAGUUUCAAAAAGAGA